ACAAAUGCUCACACGGACAGAAAUGGAGAUGCUCACCGUCACCGGCGCCGCCAUGGCGCCAUCUUGAAUUAAUCUUGAUCGAUGAAGUAACUAGCAUUAGCAAGACACAUUCUGCCGCUGCAGCAUUUAAGCUUAAGCAUGUCUUCUCCUCCUCCAAGCUCGGCGGCGGCGACCAGGGACAGGGACAGGGAGAGCGCCGGCGAGAGCCUACGCAACUCCUGCCACGACUUCGCCAGGAGCCUCGCCAGGCUGCCGGCCAGCAUCAUGGACGGCCUCUCCAGGUCGAUGGCUCGCCGGAGCCGCCGCCCUCGCGACACACCUCCGCCGCCUCCUCUCCCUCCCCUCGUGCCGGAGGAGCUCGUCUUCUUCGCCGAGCUCGAGCGGCGGUACGGCGGCCGCCACCCGUUCUUCUACGGGUGCCGCCUCGCCGAGGCGCUCCGGGUCGCGCGGAGGGAGGGGAAGCUCGUGUUCGUGUACCUCCACGACCCCGACCACCCCUACACCGAGCCCUUCUGCCGGAGGACGCUGUGCUCCGACGUGGUGGUUGAGUUCCUCGACGCCAACUUCGUGUCAUGGGGAGCCGUCGCCGGCCGAGGCGAAGGCAUCGGCAUGGUCGCGUCGCUGCAGCCUGGCAGCUUCCCCUUCUGCGCAGUCGUCUCUCCCGUCUCCGACGAGACCAUCGCCGUCCUGCAGCAGGUAGAGGGCCCGGUUUCGCCGUCAGAGCUAGUGGAGAUUCUGCAGAGAACCAUCGAUGAGCAAGGUGCAGCUUCCAGACAAACUUGGUUGCCAGAGGAGCUAGCCGCAGCCGUGAGAGCCUCAAGGGCCGAGGAAGAAGAGAGGAGGAGAUCAGCUCUGCGGCUAAGACAAGAGCAGGAUGCAGCUUACCUCGAGUCACUAAGGAAGGAUCAGGAGAAAGAAAGGUCCAGGAAGAGUGUUCAGGAGGGGCUUGCAAAUGCAAAGCCAAAGGUGAGCAAUGGGCUUCGUCCAAGAUACCCUGGCCAGGCUGCAAGGGAAGCUAGCAAGACAGCUCAGGCCAGACCACCUGCUCAGAAUGGAACUGAACCUUCACACAGAACUGAAGCAAACACCAAGGUAAUGAUAAGAUUUCCCAAUGGAGAGAGAAAACAGCAGGCCUUCCAUCACACAGAUACCAUCAGAGAAAUAUACAGGUAUGUCGAUUCCCUAGUAAUACCAGGCAUCGGAAAUUAUCAGCUCGUAAGAAGCUAUCCACGGAAAACUUAUGGUCGUCAGCAGCUGGAGAUGACUCUUCAAGAUGCAGGCUUCCAUCCAAGUGUAACACUGUACAUUGAACAGCUUCAGUAAACAUGCUGUAACCACGAACCUGACAGCAAAUUUCAUGCAACAAAUGAAAGAGAAAUA